AUGGUCAAAGCCGUUGUUGCUGGUGCCUCUGGCGGUAUUGGACAGCCCCUGUCCCUCCUUCUGAAGCUCUCCCCCCUUGUCGACGAACUCGCCCUCUACGAUGUCGUCAACACUCCCGGUGUCGCAACCGAUCUUUCCCACAUCUCCUCCACUGCUAAAGUAACAGGCUACCUACCUAAGGAAGAUGGCGGAAAAGCCGCCUUCAAGGAUGCCGACAUCAUUGUCAUUCCUGCCGGCAUUCCCCGUAAACCCGGCAUGACCCGUGACGACCUGUUCAACAUCAACGCCGGAAUCGUCAAGAGUCUGAUUGAGAUUGCUGCCGAGGUGGCUCCUAAUGCCUUCAUCCUCGUCAUCUCUAACCCCGUUAACUCGACCGUUCCUAUCGCGGCCGAGGUUCUAAAGGCUAAGGGUGUUUUCAACCCCCAGAAGCUGUUCGGUGUCACCACUCUCGACAUCGUCCGUGCUGAGACCUUCGUCGCUGAGAUUGGAGGUAAGAAGACAGGCUCUGAACUGACCGUCCCCGUCAUUGGCGGUCACUCCGGCGAGACUAUUGUCCCUCUAUUCAGCAAGAUCAGCCCUAGUGUAGCGAUCCCGGAUGACAAGUACGAUGCCCUUGUCAACCGUGUUCAGUUUGGUGGUGAUGAGGUCGUUAAGGCCAAGGACGGUGCUGGCUCCGCCACAUUGUCCAUGGCCUUUGCUGGAUUCCGUUUUGCGGAGAAGGUAUUGAAGGCGGUUAAGGGUGAGAAGGGUCUUGUCGAGCCCAGCUUCGUCUACCUACCUGGUGUGCCAGGUGGUGAGGAGAUCAAGAAGGCCACUGGCUUGGACUUCUUCUCUGCCCCCGUCGAACUCGGACCCAACGGUGUCGAGAAGGUCACCAACCCCUUGGCUGGUAUCACCGAAAAGGAGAAGAAGUUGGUGGAGGUGGCCGUCGAGGGCCUAAAGGGCAACAUCGAGAAGGGCAUUACCUUUGCCCACAACCCCCCUCAAAAGUAA